AUGGUAGCCAGGGAGGGAAUGGCACGAUUUUGGAGUCUGGAGAGCCUUCAGAUGGUUGCUGCAGAUGGUGGGACUGAAUCUUCAGCCUUAGUGGACGACAAUGGCAGUGAGGAAGACUACAGUUAUGAGGAGCUCUGCCAAGCCACCCCCAGGUACCUGCAGCCCGGAGGGGAACAGCUAGCAAUUAAUGAGCUGAUAAGCGAUGGCAGUAUUGUCUAUGCAGAAGCUCUCUGGGACCAUGUGACUAUGGAUGACCAAGAGCUGGGCUUCAAAGCUGGAGACGUCAUUAGAGUCCUAGAAGCUUCCAACAAGGACUGGUGGUGGGGAAGAAACGAGGACAAGGAGGCCUGGUUUCCAGCUAGCUUUGUCAGGCUGCGAGUUAAUCAGGAAGAAACGCCAGAAAAUUGUGGUAGUAUCCAGGAUGAAGAACAAGAUGCAGAUAGUAACAAGCAUCGUCAGAAAAUAGCUGAAAACAAGGAUCAGAUGAGAACUAAUGUUAUACAGGAAAUUAUGAACACAGAACGAGUCUAUAUCAAGCAUCUCAAGGACAUCUGUGAGGGUUAUAUUCGGCAGUGUCGCAAACAUACAGGAAUGUUCACCACGGCUCAGUUAAGCACCAUUUUUGGAAAUAUUGAAGACAUUUACAAGUUCCAAAGAAAAUUUCUGAAGGAUCUUGAGAAACAGUACAACAAAGAGGAACCUCAUCUAAGUGAAAUAGGGUCCUGUUUUCUUCAACAUCAAGAAGGCUUUGCAAUUUAUUCAGAAUAUUGUAACAAUCAUCCCAGUGCCUGCAUUGAACUUUCCAAGCUAAUGAAACAGGGCAAAUACCGUCACUUCUUCGAGGCCUGUCGCUUGCUUCAGCAGAUGAUUGACAUUGCCAUCGAUGGUUUCCUUCUCACACCCGUUCAGAAAAUCUGCAAAUACCCACUGCAGCUUGCAGAAUUGCUCAAAUACACCACUCAGGAGCACAGUGAUUAUAACAACAUCAAAGCUGCAUAUGAGGCUAUGAAGAAUGUAGCAUGCCUGAUCAACGAGCGAAAACGAAGACUAGAAAGCAUUGACAAGAUUGCGCGUUGGCAAGUCUCUAUCGUAGACUGGGAGGGACCAGAUGUGUUAGCCAGAAGCUCAGAACUGAUCCACUCAGGAGAACUGACCAAAAUAUCAAAGCAAGGCAAAAGCCAGCAGAGGACUUUCUUCCUUUUUGACCAUCAGCUUGUGUUCUGCAAGAAGGACUUACUGAGAAGGGACAUCUUGUAUUAUAAGGAUCGUCUUGACAUGGACGAGAUGGAAAUUGUGGACACUGAAGAUGGCAGAGACAGAGACUUUAACAUUAAUGUUAAGAAUGCUUUUAAGAUAAUAAACAGAGGGACAGGAGAGAUUCAUUUGUUCUUUGCAAAGAAACAGGAGGAUAAAAACAGAUGGAUGCAGGCGUGCGAAAAUGAAAGGAGAAGAGUCCAGGAGGACAAGGAAAUGGGAAUGGAAAUCUCAGAAAACCAGAAGAAACAAGCCAUGCAGAAUGCCCGAAAGUCAAGGCAAGGAAAAAUUAAAGGUGACUACAAUGGGUGUCCUGUGCCUCCACCACAUCAAAGCCUGCAUCCUAUUCACCAGCGCCACAUCACUGUGCCUACCAGCAUCCCACAGCAGCAGGUUUUCGCCCUGGCAGAACCCAAGCGGAAGCCAUCCCUCUUCUGGCAUACCUUCAACAAACUCACCCCCUUCAAGAAGUGA